AUGGCAAUAGUCAACAAGUUGCGAAUCCAUGGUGACACGACUAAAGAUAGUGUUGUUGUCGAGAAGAUACUUCGCUCUAUAUGUGCAAUAGAAGGGGCAAAUGACAUGGAUAAGAUGGCACUAGAUGAACUUGAAAGUUCAAUUCUAGUUCAUGAAAGAAAGUUAUGUUCGCAGGAUAGUGAGGGUGAGCAAGCAUUGAAAGCUUCAACUCAAAACCAACCUUCAUCAUUUAAUGGUGCUAAUCAAGGAAGAGGCCGUGGGAAAGGAAGAGGAGGCCAUGCCCGUGGCAAUCAACAUCAGAAUAAUAUGUCACAUGGACGAAGGAGCGGGAGGGGCAAGGCAGCAGACAAAUCCAACAUUGAAUGUUAUCGCUGUCACAAACAGAAUGGAGAAGCAACAAUUUUUGUCGAAAAGAAGGAAGAAGUUUCUGAAGAGAUUUCUCUUCUGAUAGCAUGCCCAACCCAUCAAAACUUAUGGUACUUAGAUUCUGGGUGUAGCAAUCAUACAUGUGGAGAUGAGAAGGUGUUCUCUGAAUUAAACACUUCUUAUCGAGACACUGUUAAGCUCGACAAUAAUUCUAUAGUACCUGUGAUGGGAAAAGGAAAGGUUGCAAUCCAAACCAAGGAGAACUCUACAUUCACCAUUUCAAACAUUCUCUUAGUUCCAGAAUUGAAGACCAAUUUGCUCAGGGUGGGUCAACUAUAA